AGGGGAAUUGCAUCAAACAUAGAGGUUCAAUUAGCAGAUGAUAGAAAAGAGCGCUCUUUAAUGAAAACCUUGGAAAACCAGUUAGAACAGACUGUUUUGGGCUCUAUAGCCACAGAAUCUGAGCUGGCAUAAGGCCACUUCAUCUUUAUUUCUUUAUUUGAUAGUUUUCUCUAACUUGCUUUUGCAAAACAAAUCUGAAGCUUGUGCAAACACAAUUACUACCCAUUCCCAAUGCAAGGUAUUUGAAGACUCUUUCUCCCAUGUGUCUCUAUUUUGGUUUAUCAUCCACAGAUGUAUGAUGCUCUCCCAGGAGUUAUGCAUCACCUGAAAGGCCUUUAUCGAGAGGUCUUGGAGUGCAAUGACUUCAUGCACAGUCUAGUGAAGGAAGAGGUUGAAAGCCACAAGGAAAGAUGGGAGGAAGGGGACGCGCCUCGUGAUUUCAUUGAUUUCUACCUGGAUCAAAUAGCAAAGACCAAAAAUGACCUGACAUCUACGUUCAAUGAAGACAACUUGGUUCAAACAGCGGCAGACCUUUUGCUUGGAGGGAUGGAUACUGUGGCCACCACCCUUUGCUGGGGUUUCUGCUACCUGCUAAACCAUCCAGAUGUUCAAGAAAACAGCUACAAAGAAAUCAAUGCUGUCCUGGGACCUUCUCGCACCAUCACUUAUAAUGACCGGAUUAAACUGCCGUACACCAACGCUGUGCUCCACGAGAUCCUGCGCUUCAGCAACACGACGGGCGUUGGACCCUUGAGGACAUGCUCACAGGACAUUUCUGUGCUGGGCUUCCCCAUCCCUAAGGGAACGCUGGUCCUUCCCAACAACCACUCUGUGCUGUAUGACCCAGAUUUCUGGGAAACCCCUCGGAAAUUCAACCCAAGGCACUUCCUUGAUUCAGAAGACAACUUUGUAAGCAAUGAAGCUUUCAUACCUUUUUCAACAGGCCGUCGAACGUGUGUAGGAGAAUCACUAGCCCAAAUGGAGCUCUUCAUAGUCUUUACUAGCCUAGUCCGGGGUUUCAGGUUCCAGCUGCCAGAAGGAGUAGAGGAAGUCAGCUUGGAUUACGUUUUGGGGGGCACCCGGCAUCCGCUCCCCUUUGAGAUCCAUGCAAUUCCUCGAUAAUCUGCUUGUCUUUAAGACACUUCUGGGAGUAGUGCAUUCAAGGCGGAUGGAGAGAGUUUGGAGACAUCAGUUGGCCAUUUCUUUGUCACUCAGGAACAUGGGCCUCCUUCCAGUGGCACAAAACCUCUCCAAACGACUGCCAUCAGCUUUGCCUUCAAGAGAGCUUCAAUACAAAGGAAAGCCACCCAGAAAAAAAGCAGCAAGUGAGAAUAUCAAAUGCAUACCUUCUGGCAUUUCACAGAUGAUGAAAACUGGGGGAAACAUGUUACCCAGGAGAGGCUGCAGGAUUUUGCUUUUUCCUGAGCCAACUGGGAAGGAAAAGAUUCUGCUCAUCCUCAGUUUGCCCCCAAUGAGUAAAGUGAGUGUGGUCUACUUUUGCACUUUGAACUCAGUUUGCAGCAAUUGAUGUAAGAUGAGGAUAAAAGGGGAAAGCGGGAGGAAAAAGAGGAACAGGGGCAUUUUAAUAGCAGCAAAAAGGUGGGAUGGCAGAGGAUUCACUGGAAUUUUCCCUACCGAACUGGGACAGUUGGAGGGUAUGCAAAGUGGGUAUCAAUCUUACAAAUUGUGGAAUAAUCAGAGUGUGAAAAUCAGGAUAGAAAUUGGUGAUUACUCUGAAUGCUGAUUAUUUCUCAUAUUGUAAGAUUUGUUUGUGGUAAUCCAUAUAUAUACUGCAGCCACUGAAGAAGGCCAUAGGUUGAAACACAUCUGGUUGAAAACAGCGAUGGAUGGGAAACAUAGGGCACCCAAGGAAUUCAUUUCCCACCAAGUCUCUCAUCACAAGCCAUUAUCUUUCAAAGGACUUCUGGGACAUUAGAGAUCCAUCAGUGUAUUCUCUGAAACCACAGGACUUGACUUCUUCCUCUUAUUGAGUACUUCAAUAUUACUUGGUUUAUUUGAUAGUUUUUAACAGCAUAUAUAUUUUAAUAUUGUUCUUAUAGACUGCGUUA